AUGACUAGAACCUCCGUUUUGGCCGACGCUCUCAAUGCUAUCAACAACGCUGAAAAAACAGGAAAAAGGCAGGUCCUUAUCAGACCAUCAUCCAAAGUCAUUCUCAAAUUUCUCCAGGUUAUGCAAAAGCAUGGUUACAUUGGAGAAUUCGAGUACAUCGAUGACCAUAGAUCGGGAAAGAUUGUCAUUCAAUUGAAUGGUAGACUGAACAAAUGUGGUGUUAUCAGCCCAAGAUAUAACGUCAAGAUCAACGACAUUGAAAAGUGGACUGACAGCUUGCUUCCAGCCAGACAGUUCGGUUAUGUAAUUCUCACAACUUCCGCUGGUAUUAUGGACCAUGACGAAGCUAAGAGAAAACAUGUUGCUGGUAAGAUUUUGGGAUUUGUGUAUUAG